AUGCCCGGGGACUCUGCCUCGCUGUGGGAGCUGAUGGAGGAGCAUAUUCCGCUCCCCGAGCGGCUCGAAGUGAAGCGGAUUCUGGGGGAGACCACGGUGGAGCUGAGUCGGGAGCUGCGGGCAGAGGUGGGGAAUGGGAAGGUGGACAUAGUGCGCCAGGAGCUCCGGCAGCUGCUCCAGGGUCUCCGAAGCAAGGCCAUCUGCGAGGGCAGGGACCGAACCCAGGCUUGGGUCCAGUACAGCCCCAGUGUCCUGCACUUUGCCCUGGAGGAGCCCAGGCGGGAUGUGCCUAAACAGGAGACAGUCCAGAUGAAAACUGGCGAAUGCAGCAGCUGUCUCAGGGACCUUGACACCAUGAAGGACCAGCUGAACGUGUCUGACAUUGACAAGGUUGCCGGAUACCUGCGGGGGCUCCUGGAGGAGGAGUGUCGCACCUUGGAGAGGGAGGUCCUGGCCCUGCAGCGCUGCUUGGAGGAGGAGUACACAGGGGCACCCAAGCCCUCCGAGGCAACCCUAGAGCCCACCCUAGCAGAGCUACAGGAGCAGAAGGCAGCCAUGCAACAGGAGCUGCAAGCGCCUCGGAUGCCUGCCUGUGUGUCCCCCCACCGCAGGUGGCAGCCCUCCGGGCCCAGCGGGAGCCUCAGGCCCUUGCCCUGUCUCCGUGGGACUGCCGGAGCCUCCACAAAGACCUGGCAGGCAGAGGUCUCAUCCCAGCCCUGA